AUGGCGACUAGAAUCGCUCUCAGGUCGCAAGCGCGAUUGCUACCCACAUCAACUUUGUCCACACCUCUGAAACAACCACGUCCGAUCCUUCGUCUGACGUCGCUGUCUCGAGCUCUACCAUCACGCCUAAAGCCAGCCUUCCGAGUAGCUCCGACUGUUCUAGUUCGCAGCUAUGCCAGCGGCCGUGCACACCCUCCGGGCGGGACUCACCGUAUGAAUAUGAGCCCAGAGGCAGAGAAACCUGCACUGGAGCAAUACGGCGUAGACCUGACCGAAAAGGCCAAGGCUGGAAAGUUGGAUCCCGUCAUCGGCAGAGACUCCGAAAUUCAUCGUACAAUUCAAGUGCUAUCUCGAAGGACCAAAAAUAACCCCGUCUUGAUUGGUGCAGCCGGUACCGGCAAGACAGCCGUGUUAGAGGGUCUUGCUCAGCGCAUUGUACAAGGAGACGUCCCUGAAAGUAUCAAGAACAAGCGCGUCGUCAGUCUCGACUUAGGGUCGUUGAUCGCCGGUGCCAAGUUUCGUGGCGAUUUUGAGGAGCGCUUGAAGUCUGUGCUGAAAGAAGUCGAAGACGCGGAAGGCAAGGUGAUCCUCUUCAUCGAUGAGCUUCAUACUUUGCUCGGACUGGGCAAAGCCGAGGGAAGCAUUGAUGCCAGCAAUUUGUUGAAGCCUGCUCUGUCUCGGGGUCAAUUACAAUGCUGUGGUGCAACAACCCUAAACGAAUACCGAUUGAUUGAAAAGGACGUCGCACUUGCUCGCCGAUUCCAGCCUAUCCUUGUGGAAGAGCCGUCUGUGGCGUCCACAAUCUCCAUUCUUCGGGGCAUAAAAAACAAGUAUGAGGUACACCAUGGUGUUAGAAUCACAGACGGUGCCCUAGUUGCCGCCGCAACGUACAGCAACCGAUACAUCCAAUCUCGCCAGCUUCCCGACAAAGCAAUUGAUCUGGUUGACGAGGCAGCAUCGGCGCUUCGCCUGCAGCAAGAAUCCAAGCCUGACGCAAUCCGAGAGCUCGAACGCGACAUCACCACGAUCCAGAUUGAGCUUGAGUCUCUUCGAAAAGAAACCGAUGUGAGCAGUCGUGAGCGCAGAGACAAGCUGCAGGAGGAUUUGAAGUUGAAGCAGGAACAAGUCGGCAAAUUGAACGAGGUCUGGGAAAAAGAAAAGGCCGAGAUUGAUACCCUCAAACAAACGAAAGAGGAUUUGGAGCGUGCGAGAUUUGAGCUUGAGCAAGCUCAGCGCGAAGGAAACUUUGCCAAGGCUGGAGAACUUCGCUAUUCGACUAUUCCCGGUUUGGAAGCUAAAUUGCCAAAGGAAGGCUCGGAGCAGGAGGCUGAAAAGCAAAGUCUGAUCCAUGACUCCGUGACUGCUGACGAUAUUGCCAAUGUUGUAUCACGCACUACCGGCAUUCCGGUUAACCGGUUGAUGGCUGGAGAGGUUGAGAAACUUAUCCACAUGGAGGACACCCUGCGCCAAUCGGUCCGUGGCCAGGACGAAGCGCUUGCUGCAGUCGCGAAUGCAGUUCGCAUGCAGAGGGCUGGUCUUAGUGGCGAAAAUCGACCGCUUGCUUCGUUCAUGUUCCUCGGGCCCACGGGUGUUGGCAAGACAGAGUUGUGCAAAAAGAUGGCAGAGUUCCUCUUUUCCACUGAGACUGCAGUUGUCAGAUUCGACAUGAGCGAAUUCCAGGAGAAGCACACCGUCAGUCGUCUCAUUGGCUCACCAGCUGGCUAUGUCGGGUACGACGAUGCUGGUCAACUGACCGAGGCAGUAAGGCGCAAGCCUUACGCUGUCCUUCUCUUCGAUGAAUUCGAGAAAGCGCAUCGUGAUAUUUCAGCCCUUUUAUUGCAGGUGCUCGACGAAGGCUAUCUUACUGAUGCACAGGGUCACAAGGUCGAUUUCAGAAACACUCUCAUUGUUUUGACGUCCAAUCUUGGUGCAGAUAUUUUGGUUGGUGCGGAUCCAUUACACGCCUACAAGGACACUAAUAGUGCCGAAGUGCCGUCAGAGAUCAAGUCAGCGGUGAUGGAUGUUGUCCAGGGAGCUUAUCCGCCAGAAUUCUUGAACCGGAUCGACGAGUUCAUCAUCUUCAAGCGCCUUUCAAAGGACGCUCUCAGAGACAUUGUGGAUAUCAGACUCAAGGAACUCCAAGCCCGUCUCGAUAGCCGCCGCCUGACCUUGCGUGUUGACGAUGAGAUUAAGGACUGGCUGUGUGAGAGGGGGUAUGAUCCCAAAUUCGGUGCCCGACCUCUCAAUCGGCUGAUUGCCAAAGAAAUUGGCAACCGACUUGCCGACAAGAUCAUUCGUGGAGAGGUCACAUCUGCUCAAGUUGCCCGAGUCUCUUUGAACGAAGAUAAAUCCGGCCUGGUUGUCACUGCCGAGGGAAAGCAAGAAGAAUAA